CGCCCAGCAUAGUUGGCUGCGUGGGCGCGGUGGCCGCAGCCAGAGGCUGGAGCAGCGAGCCGAGCAGCGCCGCGGUCCACCCGGAAUCUCAUCUCUGCCGCGGGCAGCCAAGGCGGUUUACCCAAGAGGAAGUGGAAGCUCAGAGAGGGCCAUGCCGACCCCCGCCCCGCCCCGCCCCAGCCCCGCAGGACAUGGGCUCCAUGUUCCGCAGCGAGGAGGUGGUGCUGGCGCAGCUCUUCCUGCCCACGGCCUCUGCCUACGCCUGCGUGAGCCAGCUGGGCGAGCUGGGCCUCGUGGAGUUCCGAGACCUCAAUGCUUCCGUCAGCGCCUUCCAGAGACGCUUUGUGGCGGACGUCCGGCGCUGCGAGGAGCUGGAGAAGACCUUCACCUUCCUGCAGGAGGAGGUGCGGCGGGCCGGGCUGCCCCUGCCCCGGCCUGAGGGGGCGUUGCCAGCACCGCCUCCCCGGGACCUGCUGCACAUCCAGGAGGAGACGGAGCGCCUGGCCCAGGAGUUGCGCGGCGUGCGGGGCAACCACCAGGCGCUGCGGGCACAGCUCCACCAGCUGCAGCUCCACGCCGCCGUGCUGGGCCACGGCCACGGCCACGGACCCCUGCUGGCUGCCACCCCGAUGGACGGACCCUCGGACCUGACACCCCUGCUCCAGCCGCCGGGGACGCCUCACCGCGACCUGCGGGUCAACUUCGUGGCGGGUGCGGUGGAGCCUGGCAAGGCGGCUGCCCUGGAGCGCCUGCUGUGGAGGGCCUGCCGCGGCUUCCUCAUCGCCAGUUUCCGGGAGACAGAGCGGCAGCUGGAGGACCCGGUGACGGGCGAGCCUGCCAUGUGGAUGACCUUCCUCAUCUCCUACUGGGGCGAGCAGAUCGGGAGGAAGGUCCACAAGAUCACGGACUGCUUCCACUGCCAUGUCUUCCCGUUCCCGGAGGAGGAGGCGGCCCGGCGUGUGGCCCUGGAGCAGCUGCAGCAGCAGAGCCUGGAGCUUCGGGAGGUCCUGCGGGAGACCGAGCUCUUCCUGAGCCAGGUGCUGGCGCGUGUGCAGCGGCUGCUCCCCACCUGGCAGGUGCAGGUGCGCAAGGUCAAGGCCGUGUACCUGGCCCUCAACCAGUGCAGCGUGAGUGCCACGCACAAGUGCCUCAUUGCCGAGGGCUGGUGCGCCACGCGGGACCUCCCCCGCCUGCAGGAGGCGCUGCGGAAUAGCUCGAUGGAGGAGGGCGUGAGCCCCGUGGUCCACUGCAUCCCCAGCCGGGACAUGCCGCCCACCCUCAUCCGCACCAGCCGCUUCACGGCUGGCUUUCAAGGCAUCGUGGACGCCUACGGUGUGGGCCGCUACCAGGAGGUCAACCCCGCGCCCUACACCAUAAUCACCUUCCCCUUCCUGUUCGCCGUCAUGUUCGGCGACGUGGGCCACGGGCUGCUCAUGUUCCUCUUCGCGCUGGCCAUGGUGCUGGCCGAGAACCGGCCGGCCGUGAAGGCCGCACAAAACGAGAUCUGGCGUACCUUCUUCGGGGGCCGCUACCUUCUGCUGCUCAUGGGUCUGUUUUCCGUCUACACUGGCUUUGUCUACAACGAGUGCUUCAGCCGCGCCAUGACCAUCUUCCCCUCGGGCUGGAGCGUGGCGGCCAUGGCCAACCAGUCCGGCUGGAGUGAUGAGUUCCUGGCACAGAACCCCCUCCUCAUGCUGGUCCCCAACACCACCGGCGUCUUCCUGGGGCCCUACCCCUUUGGCAUCGACCCCAUCUGGAGCCUGGCCGUCAACCAUCUGAGCUUCCUCAACUCUUUCAAGAUGAAGAUGUCCGUCAUCUUGGGCGUCACCCACAUGACCUUCGGGGUGUUCCUGGGGGUCUUCAACCACGUGCAUUUCGGCCAGUGCCACCGCCUGCUGCUGGAGACGCUGCCUGAGCUGGUGUUUCUGCUCGGCCUCUUCGGCUACUUGGUCUUCCUCGUCGUCUUCAAGUGGCUGUGCGUCUCCUCGGCCGCCGCCGCCCGGGCCCCCAGCAUCCUCAUCCACUUCAUCAACAUGUUCCUGUUCAGCAGCAGCCCCGCCAACCCGCCGCUCUUCUCGGGCCAGGAGGUGGUGCAGACGGUACUGGUGGUCCUGGCCUUGGCUGUGGUGCCCAUCCUGCUGCUGGGCACACCCCUGUUCCUGUACUGGCGGCACCGGCGCCACUCCCCGAGGCCCAGCAGCCCACUGCAGGAGGACAAGGCUGAGCUCCUGGACGCUGCGGACCGAGACGAGGAGAAGGCCGAGGGCCCCAGGGAGCCCGAGGAGCUGGUGCUCUCCGAGGUGCUCAUGCACCAGGCCAUCCACACCAUCGAGUUCUGCCUGGGCUGCAUCUCCAACACGGCCUCCUACCUGCGCCUCUGGGCCCUGAGCCUGGCGCACGCCCAGCUGUCGGAGGUGCUGUGGGCCAUGGUGAUGCGCGUGGGCCUGCGCCUGGACCUGGGGCUGGGCGUGGCGGCCGUGGCGCUGGUGCCCGUCUUCGCCGGCUUCGCGGUGCUGACCGUGGCCAUCCUGCUGGUGAUGGAGGGGCUCUCGGCCUUCCUGCACGCGCUGCGCCUGCACUGGGUGGAGUUUCAGAACAAGUUCUACUCGGGCUCCGGCUACAAGCUGAGCCCCUUCACCUUCGCCCUGGAGGACGAGUAGCCGCCUGGACAGAGCCCGAGGCAGGAGAGAAAUAAAGAGGAGGGGCUGAA